AUGGAAACGAAUCAAAAUUCGGAAAAUAUUCAAGCAGGUGAAUCGAGUGGAGCUGUUGUUUUAAAUACGAAUGCGAAAGUACUCGAAGUUGGUGGUUUUCCUUGCUUCGACCCCAAGGGAGAUCCAAAUACACUAUCGAUUCGCUGGAGAAGAUGGAAACGCGCUUUCAACCUGUAUAUGGUGUCAAAAGGAGUUACAAAUGAACAGCAAAAAGUUGCUUUGUUAUUACACUCCGGAGGAAUGGAAUUACAAGAACUGUAUUAUACUUUAAAGCCAGAUAGUGAAGAUAAAUAUCUUCAGGAAUGCUUGAACGCUUUAGAUGCAUAUUUUACACCUAAAGUAAAUGUGGUUUUUGAAAGGCAUAUGUUUCGACAAAUGCAGCAAAAAGAGAAUGAAACCAUAUCUAUGUAG